AGCUUCUGUAUUCGAUACACACAUAUAAAUGCAUGUUGGCGCCGUCAGAUCAUACACCGGAAAUUAUCUUUCUCACCUGAAAAUCCGUCCAGACAGGUGUGCUAUAAUACAGACAUUUUGAAAAAAACUGACACAAGAUCGUAAAAAAGAUGGCAGAACCAUGUCCUAGAUGUAAGAGACCUGUGUACUUCGCAGAAGAACUUCGUGCCUUAGGAAGGAAGUGGCAUAAACUCUGCCUCAAAUGUGCGGAGUGCAACAAGUUAUUGGACAGUACUACCUGUACUGAUCACCAGGGGGAGGCAUUCUGUAAGGCUUGCUAUGGAAAGAACUUCGGACCAAAAGGUUAUGGCUUUGCAGGUGGUGCCUCAGGCCUUUCUGCCAACAGUACAGCCCGAUAUGGAGAAUCGGAUGGACACGAUCACUUUGGUCAAGCUGUUUCGGCUCCACUUCUCCAAACACCGGCUAAUUGGGCUGCUCGUGAUGCAUGCCUGCGCUGUGGACACACUGUCUACUAUGCAGAGGAGGUCCGUGCCAUGGGACGAAAAUGGCACAAAAUCUGUCUUAGUUGUGGGCAGUGUGGGAAGCCCCUGGAUAGUUCCACCUGCACAGACCAUGAUGGUGAUAUUUUCUGUAAAAACUGUUAUGGCAAGCUUUUCGGUCCGAAAGGUUACGGCUACGCUGGUGGUGCUGUACUACUCUCCAUGGAUACCGGACGUCCCUAUGAGAUUCCUCUAGACAAUGUAUCCCACUAUGCCCAGGCACAGGCUGCUCCAGUGUUGAAUGGUGGAGGUAGUAAUCGGUUUGGUGGUGGAGAGAAAUGCCCUCGCUGUCAAAAGACUGUAUACUUUGCUGAGGAGGCACGUGCUAAUGGAAGGAAGUGGCAUAAACUAUGCCUCAAGUGUGCAAACUGUAACAAGAUGUUGGACAGCACCACUUGUACAGACCAUGAUGGAGAAGCGUUUUGUAAAGCCUGUUAUGGUCGCCUCUUUGGGCCAAAAGGAUACGGUUUCGCUGGUGGGGCUUCUGGACUUUCCAUGGAUACUGGCCGAGCAGGGGAGGUCACUACUGACAAUGUGUCACAGUUGGCCAUGGCACAGGCUGCCCCACUGAUAGAGGGAAAUACUCAACGCCCCAAGUACGGAGGUGCUGACAUGUGUGGUCGCUGUGGCAAGCAAGUGUAUUUUGCUGAACAGGCCAUCGGAGGGGGAAACAUUUACCACAAGGCCUGUUUUAAGUGCACUGCCUGUGGAAAGAAUCUCGAUUCCACAACGCUGACACAAAAUGAGGGAAAUAUCUUCUGUAAAGCUUGCUAUGGGAAGCAUUUCGGACCAAAAGGGUUUGGGUUUGGCCAGGCACUUCAGCGCACUGCUUAGGGACGAUGCAACAGAUCCCUUGUAUUUCAUCAAGGGACCAACUCUGGGACCAGACUACAAAAAGACCAGCUUUCACACCUCCUGGACUAGCCUUAAAAAUACUCAUUUAAAUACCUCACCUUAAUUAAAUCUUCACACAAUUUAUUACAAGAUUACAAGAAAAAUGAAAUGAAACCAGGAUUUUUAAGAUCAACUACCAAGUAUUAUUAGUUGCUGGUUAUAUGAAAACUUAAACAUUUUCUGUCAUUUUACAAUAAUAUUUUUUUAAGGUAUCGCAAUUUAUGUCUCUAGUUUUUAGUAGUUAAUACCACAGAAUCUGGUCCUUUCUGCCAUAUAUGAUCUGGUUUACUUUGACAAUACACAAUACUGAGAGUCCCCUCUUUCAUGUCUUUAUUAUUUAGAUAAUUUUAAUUCCAAUAUCAUUGAGCUCUCUAACCACAAGAUGACACAUUUGUAUAUGAUUGAAACCCAGUUUAUACCUUGUUAACCAGAAGUUUUAAUUUUAAAAGACAAACUUUAAAAAAUAAAAAAAAUAAUAAUCUGAAUAUCAAGUGUUGAUAUCAAAGUUAAUUAUCACUAUUAAGUACAUGGAAAAUCAUUUUAUUUUCUUUAUUGAACAGUGUCCAGGUCUUUUUUACGUGGACUUGAAGAUCUAUUUAGCUGCUAAAAUUCUGCAAAGCAUUUUGAUAUAUUUGUAUGCAUAAUGAAUCCCUUUCAACCACAUUAACCUAAGAAAAGCCCGAGGAACUUGCCCCAUAAUAGUGAAUUGGGUACCUAAAGUUUAGCCUAUACAUGGUAUAUCUAAGGAUGUGGUGUAAGGGUGUAUCUGUUUAAAUCAUAAAUUGGCUUAUUACCAAAUAAGGGUUUAUCAUUGAUAAUUGUAAGUUAAUGUUGUGUUUGGUUUUGUAUUUGCAUGUAUGUAUUCAUAUAUAGAGCAUUUGUUUGUUACACUCUUUAUUUUACAAAGAGCAUUUUAAGAUUUUAUGGCAAUUUUAUUUUGUUUUAAUAAAUUCAUACAAUGUUCAUAAUUUAUGGUAAUCACCAAUUUUCCUUCACUGAUGUUCUGCUUGUUCUUUCUGUUCUAAAAUGUAACUGUUAACAAUAGAUUGUUAAAAAACUAAAAAACACUCUAGUUGAUUUUCUGUAAGCUUGAAAUUCAUUGAGGAUUCCAAUGAUACAUAUCAAAACAAAAUAUCUUGAUUGGUGUACAAUACAAUGUAAUUUAAAGUCUACACAGGGACCAAAUUAUGAUAAUUUGGACUGUUCAUAUAAUAUAGCUAUGGUAUGUUGGAGUAAUGUAGUUGGACAUCAAAGUUGAUUUUCAGUUUUAUUCAUAGUCUACAAAUUUUGUCUGAAAUAUCAAAACCAUGUUUAAUUUUCUAUCACUUAAUUGCUUGUUUUAAUGUACACUGCAUUUAAUUCUUUCACAUUUAAGACAUUUAGUAUUUAAUACUUUGUUAAGAGUGAGUGGCAUUUUGUAUAAACAAGUCGAGACAAAAUUGAAUGACCAACUCAUUUUUUUGUUGUACUUCAAAUUAAUACAUGUAUUGAUGAAAAAUGUCAUUGAAAUAUAGUUUACAUGUUAAAGAAGAAAAUGUUUCAUUUACUUUUAUUUUAUCAUCUGGCCUUUUUUGAACAGAAUAAACAUUUGUAUAAAAACUACUAAAAUCAUGAAUCCACUAAUUGAGAUUUGACAUUUGUUACUGCUAAUAUAAGAAUAUCUAUAUAUCAAUAUACAACUGUAUAUCAAUUGAAAAAAAUUCUUCAUGUGAUGAAAAAAAUCAAAAGGACAUAUGUUGAUAUAUCAGGUCAUCCCUUUAAUGAAUUUCCCACACAUUUUUGUCAGUUUGUUUAUCAUUAAUUUGCAACACUUUAAAGAAGAAAUGAGAUGAUUUUUUCAUGACUGAAUGGUUUAUUUGGCAUAUUACCACUGACACAGGCCUGUUAUACCACUUGUUAUUACAUGUGUAGCUUGUGAUCACUGAUGAAAAAUGUAGGCUUUACUCACCUGUGUUGGAUUGGAUGAUAUUGGCAUGGAAUGAUACAUGGUCUGUUUCUUGCCAGAUUCAAGCUAUUUUAAAAAGUUUAACUGAUACACAUAUGGUGAGCUAUUAAGGCUAUUAAUCUUGUUACAUCUUACCUGUAACUAGAGGUGAUAUGUAGUUAAUUGACCUGAUUAGCAUAUGGUAGGCUAUACUAAGGCCUACUAAGUUUUUUAUCAGAUCUAUCGGAGUUUCCUCCCUUUGUAUCACUCUGUCAGUACACGGUAUAGUGAUAACUUGAUGGAAGAGAAUGUACCUUUGUGACGUUUUUUUAGGAAAUUUCACAGGGAUUUGACUCAAAUUUCCUUAAAGGACUAUGUGGGUCCGCUAGACAUGGUGCUCUGUGUUAGACUGAUUUGAUCUGUUUAAGUGUUUAAGUAUGUAAUUGCUGUAUAAUGGUAUACUGCAGUAUGUAAUUGGUUGGGGACUUGUUGACUCGUUGAAGUUUGUUGAUGUUUGGCCUAUGUUGUUGGCCUAGUUAUGUUGGGCCUGAUGAACUGAUGUUAUGGUGCCUUACAUCCUUGUUAUACCAAAACCUUUUUUCAUGUUUGUUAGAUUUUUCUCAGAAUUAUCAAAAGUUGAUACAUUGAUAAUCGGAUAUUGAUAUUGUAGGUCAAUUUUUAAAGUUGUGUACAGACUUAUGUUAAUGAUUAGGUUUAAAUUUGGUUUUGUUUGGAAGCAAAAGUUCUUGUUGUUCUAAUUUUAAUGGGUUGUUUUCAUGCCUUAAUACUUAAUAUAAGAUUGUUCCAGUUUAAUGAAGUGAAAUUCAAGAUAGAAUUCUAAAUAAAAUUUUGUUUUAAAUCCAAACAAGAUAAAAUAACGAAGAAUUUAUGAAAUACAUUGUACCACAUUAAAAACUGGCCAAAUUAUAAAUAUUUAUGUUAAAGUAACACCGGUGUUUAUACAUAGUCACUUACAUUUGAUAUCUAUAUAAUGACAAGCCUUAUUCCUGUAAUUCUGUUAUUAUUGAAAUGUUAAGGUUAGACAGGAAAAUGUUUUACUCUUGUGUCUUUACACAGAUACAAUGUAUGUUUAGUUAAAAUUUUGCUUAAUGACAGAAUAUUGCUUUAUGAUUCCUACAUAUUUUGACAACAAUGUGGAUGGUCAGUUGCAUGUGGUCCAGUUCAGUAGAUAUGGCUCUCACCUUUCACCAAGGUGACUGGUUGGAUGUGAAAACAUGGGCUUUUGCUGGGUACUUUGGAUUUGUCCCAAAAUUUUACCCCUGCAUACUUCAUUUGGGCUAACAUGAAUGAUUUGUAUAGGUUGAUAUAAUUUGCUUGGUGAUUUUAUGAAAAAGAAUUAUUUUAACUUUUAGCAUGACUAUGUAUGACAGAAAUAUCAUUGUUUUCCAUCCUGUUUACUAACUUUAAAUUUGCCAAGGUGGACAACCAGCGGCAAGAAGACAAUUUAAUGUAAUAAAGAGGAAGUUCAUUUAUACAGACUACAUGAUAGGUUCUGAUUUUAAUCAGAUAUGGGUUUACACUUUUAUUCUAAGUCAUUAAACAUUAUAUUAAGCAGGUAUUUCUAGGCGCUUUUGAAGGCUUAACUAUUAUGAUAUAAUAUUGUUAUGUAUAUGUUGAUAUUGCUGCAGUAUUUAAGUGUUUAUUGUAUAUUGUGCUUUCUGUAAACUAGUCAUAAUUCAUUAUUCUACAAACAAGUACAGUAGGACAUUCUUGUUCUGGGUGUGCAGUUCCGGUACGUACAAGAUAUAUAAAUCAUUGUUCACUCUUAGUUUUCCUAGACAGUGAAUUUGUAUUGAAGGACACUGGGAAAGGAUUGUACAGAAAAUAUUACUGGGGAUAAAUUAACAAUAGGUCCUUAUUAAGCCACAGGUACAAUGUAUUCAAGGGGACUUAUUAUCACAAUCUCUCAACACUGUUCGAUAGCAUAUAAUCUUUUAUCAAACUUUUACUGUCGGCUUAUCCCAGAGAAUGUAUUUAUUUUGUGUUUAUAUAAACCACAAAGCAUUCCUGCUUAUAUAUACAAUUAUUUAAAUGGUUAUUUAUGUCAUUUCCAAAAACCAAAGUUAUACAACUCGCUUGAAUGUAUGCUGUGAUGUUGAAACACGUAUACUGUAGUAUACACUGUAUGUCAUGUGAGUAUUCCGGUUAAAUCCGCUGUUUAAAUAGACUGUAAGAAGAUAAUCGUAUUAUUCUCAGCCUUUAUAUUUUAGGUAUAAAUGAUGUUUGAGUCACAUCUAAUUACUUGUGUACUAGUGGAGAGUAAAGGUCACCUUGCCAGCUCUGGCUGGUGGGAAUUUCUCUUUAUCCAAGUGGUGAUGCAUCCAGGUGGAAAGUGAAAAGGCGAAUUUUACGGAACGGAUAAUGAUUUUCUAAUCUUAAUUAGAAAUUGAUUCAAUUAAUUGGAUUGAUGUUUUAGUGACAUUACCAGUGGUCACCAGUGGUUUUGUUGAAUUGAGAAAAAAUAUUCCCUUUGGUGCAUUUUAGAAGACAUUUCCAGUUCACAUUGUAUAAGAUGGUGGGGAUACUAUGGGAUCAGGUGUCAUUCAGAGUUGUUUUUACAGAUAUAAGAUCGAGUUAAAUACCCAUUAAAUUAAGUGUCCAGAUUUAAUAUUUGAAUGUUGUUAUAUUACCUUGAAAAGUGCCUAUUUUUAUGUCAAAUAUGCAUAUGAAUGUGAUUCAGUGCCAGGUUGAUCACACAGGAUUUCAAGGCUGUUGAAUUAAACUGAACAUGUAGAAUGGAUUUAUUCUUACAUAGCAGGCAGUCCUGAAAGUCUGGCCAGAUAUUUAGAGAAUUUAGCAGGCAGUCCUGAAAGUCUGGCCAGAUAUUUAGAGAAUUUUAAAAGGAGUCCAAUAUUUUCUAGGUCAGACUACAGAAAGAUUUUUUUAGUCUUGGAAAUGACCUGUUAGGUUCUUGCCUGGCAUUUUCCUUGUCUAACAGUUUUUGAAAUGAAGCAUGAUGCAGAGUUGAAUAAAAUCGGCCCUGUCUGUUUGGUCAGGGUUAUGUAUUGUUGGUGUUUGGAAUGAAAAAUUGGUGAAUGAUUUGAGCCAGGAUGAAUGCUUUUCUUUGUGCCUGUUUUGGUUUGAACUCAAAAGUUUGGUAUUUAAAUUCAAAACUUGAUUUGAAGUUUUGGCUCCAUGUCUGGCCUGAAUUCUUAAAAAAGGAUAGUAUUGUGGGACCAUCAGCACUGGUUGUGACAAUAAAACUUAGUAUUUGUCGUACAUGCUUUUUAUAUUGUUUUAUCAUUUGAUAUUGUCUGAUUAAAGCAUAUUUGUAGAAAUCAAA